AAGCGAUAAAGGCAAACGCGGCACACUAACAUGUUUUCAGAGUUCCAAUAGUUGCGGAGGAUACAGUAAUUUGCUGCGAACGCCACUGCCACCAUUUUCCCUCCUUCAUUUAUUGGUAGGAUCAUAACUGAGGAAUUUGUGUUGGUGAGGGUUGUUUUCUGCUUUUGCUGAGAAGGAUCAAUCAAUUGGUAUAGCUGUAAUGGUUGCAAACCACUAUUAUCCUCCUUGGUUUAGUGUGGCUCCAAUGAUGGACUGGACAGAUCAUCACUAUCGGACUCUUGCACGCCUCAUAUCAAAACAUGCUUGGCUCUACACGGAGAUGCUUGCGGCUGAAACAAUUGUUUAUCAAAAGGGCAACCUGGACAGAUUCCUAGCAUAUUCUCAGGAUCAACAUCCUAUUGUGCUUCAAAUUGGAGGGAGUAAUUUAGAAAAUUUGGCAAAGGCAACUGAACUUGCAAAUGCUUACUGUUAUGAUGAGAUCAACUUCAACUGUGGAUGCCCAAGUCCUAGAGUAGCUGGACGUGGAUGCUUUGGCGUACGUCUUAUGCUUGAUCCCAAGUUUGUUGCUGAGGCUAUUUCAGUAAUUGCUGCCAAUACAAAUGUACCUGUCAGUGUCAAAUGUCGAAUUGGCGUGGAUGAUCAUGAUUCUUACAAUGAAUUGUGUGAUUUCAUUUACAAGGUUUCUUCUCUAUCACCUGCUAAGCAUUUCAUUAUUCACUCAAGGAAGGCACUACUUAAAGGCCUCAGCCCAGCUGAAAAUCGAAAUAUUCCUCCACUGAAAUAUGAAUACUUUUAUGGCCUUCUGCGUGACUUUCCUGACUUAACAUUUACAAUCAAUGGUGGUAUUACUAGUAUUGAUGAGAUUAAUGCAGCUCGAAAGGCUGGGGCUCAUGGUGUUAUGGUUGGACGUGCAGCAUACAAUAACCCUUGGAAAAUUUUGGGACACGUUGAUUCAGCAAUUUAUGGGGUACCAAGUAGUAGUCUUACACGUCGUCAGGUCCUUGAGAAAUAUCAAGUGUAUGGGGACUCAGUGUUGCAAAAAUAUGGACUUGGACCAACUGUGCGAGAUGUUGUGAAGCCUUUACUUGGUUUUUUCCAUUCUGAGCCUGGGAAUGGACUUUGGAAGCGAAAAGCAGAUUCUGCUCUCCAAACUUGCACGACAAUUAAAUCAUUUUUUGAAGAAACCCUUGUAGCAAUUCCAGACUCAGUCUUGGAUUCAGCUGUUGCGGAACCACCAUCUGGCCGUGGAGAUAUUUUUGCUAACAUACACAGUUCAUUGCCUCCUCCAUACAAAACAAGAGAAGAGGAUGCUGUAUAAAUAGAUCAGUUAUCUAUGAUAGGCAAUUGACUCGGAAAUCUAAUCCAUUCAAUGUAGAAAUUUAAGUUAAAACUAGGGACUGCAAUUCUCUGGCUUUUACGUUUACUGAUACUUUUGGUGAAAUUUGUAAUGUGUACUAUUAUUAUCUGUUUAGAAUAAUGUUGGGUGGCAUAUAUUACUCUGUAUCAGAUAAGGCCAACGUGGCAUUUUAAAAGCAAAAAACAGAAAGGAAACGAAAAUGUUAAAGCCAGUACAAUCCUCAUUUUUCUGAUCUUGAUUCGCAUUUCAUGAAGCAUCUACAUACGCCCUAGGACCACUAGGUGCUAUUAUAUUAUCAAUUAUUCAACGUGGCAACAGCUUAUUGGUCCUUUCUUGAAAGAGAUAAGAUAUGGCAUGGUCCUACCACCAGUCCCCUUUUUUUGCCAUUCACGUUCCAUAUAUUCAUUCUAUGGUCCAAUUACUUGCGCCAUAGAAGGUAGCAAGCCAACUAGUUCAGGAUUCAGAUUACAUUGCACAAUGGCAUCAAUCACCAUGACAGCCUCCAUCCUUGGCUGCCCACCUGUCACCAACCAGUCGGCUGCGGCAACGCAGCGGAGACUUGUAGUCAAUGCUGUGAGAACAGGUGAAGGGGAAAAAGUCAGUUAUGACAAUGACAAGGAGGGCAGCAAUGGAAGGAGGAGCGUUAUGUUUGCUGCCGCAGCUGCGGCUGUUUGCUCUGUUGCUGGGAUGGCAAUGGCAGAUGAGCCUAAACCAGGCACUCCAGAAGCCAAGAAAAAGUAUGCCCCUGUUUGUGUGACCAUGCCAACAGCUAGGAUUUGUCGUAAGUGAGGGGCUUGGAAUUGUAGUUUACUUGUGUUUAUUGGAAAUGUACAAUGGGGUUGUAAUGUUUAGAAUUUCACAUGAUCCUCACUGUACCAGUUGUUCAUAGAAGUAUCAACUUUGCUUUGUCUCUUUGGUGCCGCCAGUUUAAUGCUCAACGAAGGACUUGAUUGCUUAAAAUUUUAGAAUGCCACAUUUCUUUCGCAUUUCUAUGUUCGCUUAGUUUGAAGUUGAGCUAGAGUUUACUCUUCUCCAUUAGAGAGGAAAGAAAGAUUUUCAGUCCAUAAAGAUGAAAAGAAGCAGGUUUUGCAGAUUUAACAAGAAGCAAUUUGAAUUAAUAAAAAUUUUAUUCCUGAAAUCACUAUUUUUGAAUAGACCACCCCAAAAU